AUGAUUGCGCAACACCUGACCUCCGGAUGCUUUCGCGAUGCAAACUGGGACCGGGGAAGCGGGACAGCAAGCAUCGAGGAUGAAAAAUCGGUGACAAUACUCGACGUUGUGCUUCGAGAUGCACUGGAUGUGGGAACCAGAGCGACCCCGGCCUCGAAGCUUACUUUUAUGGCCUCUCCGCUGAUUAUCACACCCCUGGGGGGUCAAACCGACGUUCAUUACGCACGCUACCCUACCAUCUUAUCUCCUGGACAUGGGGACAUCCCGUUGAUCCGCUCGGCGUCCGCAUUGGGCUGCAAGCUUUCGCUCAAGGUUGCUGGAAGCGAACAGACUUCAAACAUGAACGUCUCCACCCAGCUCUAUGGCGUGUAA